GCUCAGCUCCAUGCGCGAAGACAUGACAACUCUCAAAGACCAGGGAACAGCCAUUGUGGACAAGGUCGAGCGCUCGGCGAGUGUCCAAGAAGAUCGGAUAUCAGACAUCCGCAGGCACAGCAUGAUGAUCAUGGACAUCUUGACAGGAACUCAGGAAGCGAUUCAGAACAGCUUGGAGUGCAUUCAGAACUUCACGCGUGCCGAGCUCAUGCGGGAUCCCGCGGCCCAGUUAGAAACCUCAAUGCGCGAGGUGCUGAACAGGCAGAUGGGCAAGCUCAAGGAGUCAUUGAUGGGGGAGGAUGGUCCGGCGCUCAAUCUGAAGGACUUGGUGUCAGGCCUAGCGGGCCGCCUUGAGACCAGCGCUGAACGCCUGGAGCUCAGUCAAGCCAAUGCUCCGGCGCCCGGGCACGUUGAGGAGGCUAUCCGCCAGGAGCUGGAGGCUGUGGCUCUGGCCCUUUCACAGCAGCAGCGCGAGAGCGGUCAGGACUUGCAGGCGCAGCUUGGUGAGUUCCUGCGCGGGGAGCUCGGCACGCUCAAAGAGGCGCAGUCCGCCACCGCCGUAUCCUUGCAAGAGAAGGUCGGCGAGUGGACAAGCGCAGUCAGCGAAAAUGUGAGCCGU